AUGGCAACCACAUCAGCCCCGGCCACCGAUGCCGCCUCCUACCUGGACCUCGCCAUCACACUCACGCUGAACAAUUGGCCCGCCCUCUCACUAGCCGUGCAAUCCCACUGGGGCGGCCCGACCUCCAGCGACAAGCGGGACUGGCUCUGCGGUGCAAUUUCCGACAUGCUUCGCGAAAGACCCGAGACCGAUGCCGAGGACCUGGAAGAAGUUCUGAUCCAGGUCAUGAAUGACGAAUUCGAUGUUGCCGUCGACGACGAGAGUGCCGCCGACGCGGCGGAUAUGAUCAUGGAGCUGAAGGCUCAGACGGAUCGUGGCGAGUUCGGCAUCGUCCAGGAAAUGUGGGAGAAAUACCAGAAGAAGAGCCAGAAUCGCUCCGCGGAGGGACAGUUCCAGAGGGUUGAGACUGCGGAUGAGGAUCAGGAGACUGAUGAGGAGGAGGAUGAGGAGAUGGGGGAUGCGCCGACUUUGGUUCGUGCGCCGCGUGAGCGUGCGGAGCCCGAGAUCGAUGAUGAUGGGUUCACUAAGGUUGUUGGGAAAAAGCGCUAG